CUAGAAUUAAUAAUUUUUUUGUUCAGUAAUUUAAAGCGUGAUGCUUUUUAAACUUCCCAUAUCCUGAUUUAAAUUUGACAUGCUAAUCAGUUAUCUAUGGGUGACAAACGUCAGAGAGCGCGGGUGCAGGGCUCCUGGGCCAAACCUCUGCCCAAACCAGCCUGUCCUACAGAUGUAAAGCCACAACCUGGUUCAUGGAAAACUGGACCAGUAAAGUAUGAGUUUAAUCAGCCGGCUGAUCCUAUCAGAGUGAUUCCUGAGGUAAAAGAAAUUCAAGAGGCCGGAAGCUACGAGAUCAGCCAGGGCCCCACGGGAGUGUCCAGACUGAGACUCCUUCCUGGGUUUUUACCACUGGAGCAGGCAGACUGGAUGUUUUCAAAACUGCUGGCUGAGCUCCCGUGGUCACAGAAGACCAAUUAUGGUACAAUGGGUGAAGCAUACGAGGAACCCAGACUGACCUGCUGGUAUGGAGAACUCCCGUACACAUAUUCUCGGUCCACAAUGCAAGUCAACCCUCAGUGGCAUCCUAUCCUGAUAAACCUGCGUCAGGCCAUUGAGCGAGAGAUUUCUCACACAUUUAACUCUUUACUGUGUAACCUGUACCGAAAUGGAAAGGACAGCAUUGCCUGGCACAGUGAUGACGAGCCCUCUUUAGGUCCUCACCCCAUCAUAGCCUCUCUCAGUCUCGGUGACACCAGGAUUUUCAGUCUUCGCAAGAAGCCUGCUCCAGAUGGAGACUACACAUAUGUGGAGAAACUAAAGAUACCAUUAAGUCAUGGGACACUCCUGAUUAUGGAGGGAUGCACUCAAGACGACUGGCAGCAUCAGGUAGCGAAGGAGUACCAUGACCGGGGGCCACGGAUUAACCUGACCUUUCGUACAAUCUACCCAGAACCAUCACACCACUUCAAAAGAUGAUGGACACUAACAGAAGAGAAAUGAGAACAGAAAGACUGAUGGGUAGUGAUUGCCAUUUACCAGUAGUUGAUUCAUUUUAGGUUUUUAGUAUAUUGAAAAAGUGAUGGAUUGUGUGCCAUCUUGCUUAAUCCUCUUCUAAAGUAACUCAGUUUUGUUUUUUGUUUGGGUUCCUUUUUCGUAAAAGUUGAUAACUUUAAUACCCAAUACAAAUGUAGUAUAUUCAGUUUUACUACUAAAGUUAUUAGCACCGAAACAAAACCCAAAAAAAAUAUGCCAUCAUAGUUGGGUGCAAUGUUUAAUUAUAUUGGGUCUGAAUGUGUAUUCACUAAACAAAGAAGAGUAUAUUGUUUAGAUUCUUAAUAUUUAAUAGUUCCACUGUGUGUUAUAGCUUUUUGUGACUUUAUUAAAUAGCUAAUUUAAGUUGAUGGCUAAUAAACAUCUUAAAGAUAAA